AUGACAACCCAGGCUCCUAUUACGGAUGCCGAGUAUAUCACAGACGUCCUCAAUAUACCUAGCAUCCCAGGUUCAGAAGAUGCUGAAUCAAACGCUUCCGGUAGUGGCCAGCCUGACCUCGGUAGUAGAAGAGUUACUUUCGCAAAGUCCAAGUCCCUAUUUCUCGAUCGCCUGACUCGUGAUUUCGACUUGCUUAUCUAUUGCGAACUAUCGGCUCUCUAUUAUAUGGAUAACCUAGUCUGUAUCUUCCUACAUAUUGCUUCAGCCAAUCCAUCUGCAGGAGAAGCAUCCCGAGGAUACCUUCAUGGCGGGCUGUUCAUUGAUUUUGUCGGCCAGAAAGGACCUACUUCAAAGCUUCAGCUGCUUGCCGUGGACCUACUGGUUAUAUGCCUUCAAAUACUCAUGGUGGGAGCCAUCCUGGAGAAAGAAAAGGUCUCCGCGCUGACUUCAUCGAGGCGAACUACCGAAACCAUCCCAUCUUCGACGGUGCCAGAGCAGGACCAUGAUUCCGAAGAGCAGGGUCUACUGAGAUCGUCUCAAAAUUUGUCUAGCCAAGAGGAUGAUAUGGGGAACCGGCAAGUAAGUGGCAUUGAACUCUCAGAUCUUGGUGGUGAGAGGAGUGUAAAUGCUGUCGUUGGGAUGCAUCCGCGCGAUUAUUUUCACUCGGGGGAAGCCCUCAUUAUGAACUUGAACAUCGGUCGCACCCUUCGACAGCAGUGGCAGAACCGAACAGCAGCGAUUGCGCCGCCGCAUGCCUCGUUAAGUGGUACCAGAGUCCCUGCAAGCACAUUUAUUAGACGUCAGCUGGGUAUUCAAGCGGAACCCCGCUCCUAA